AGAACCUGCAUACUGCAUAUCUGCCAAGACGUUUUCCCCCUUUGUCUCACUACUACCUCCCAUACCGAUAGCUUUACUGUUAUAGCUUCGCAAAUCACUCUUCUUGAGUUACAGGCCAAGUUGUCAAAACCAAGAACCCCUAUUCAUCAAUAUGCAAGUAGCCGAGAUACUGUCAGAUUUGACCUCAUUACGAGUCUGUGAUUACAAUGACGCCCUCGCCCUCGUCACUGUUCACGAAAGAAUACCUGCCGAGCGCUCUCCAGCAGAUGGCGGCCUUGCUGUCGCAAGCCAGCAAGGCGAAAAGGCAAAUGACGAUAUCCGGCGCGCAAAGGAACUCGUCGACUUACAUUACGAGAUUAAAGCGCGGCAUGCUGAUGGAACAGUGGACGAGGAGCUGGCGCGUGCGAGAGAGGAUGUGAAUCGUGUUCUGAGGGAGCUUGGGCAUUGAUGAUAAGAUGCGUCGUCGUGUGUAUCUUGGUGUCAUUGGUGUGUGCAACUGGGUCGUUAUGAAGUACUCAUGUAUGAUAUGAUCUUUAUGUUGUUUGUUCAACGGUGUUUAGGAAAGGGUUUUGUUUUCUUUAACAUCGAUUGUUUAUUAUCUGUCGGAAGAAAAGAGACUAAGCUCUCCAAG